GUUUGUUGCGCGUGCGCGUGUAUGUGCACGGCGUGUGGCAGCGAAAGGCGCCACAGCACUGUGAGGUGGGAGAGGUUUGGGUCUUGACGCAGGAAGAAGCGUGAGUUGUGGGUGCGAGGCCGGGCUGGCGGGUCUGCAAGGAGAUCCACGAUGGCACAGGCUGGCUCAGGAGUGCGAGUGGCGGUGGUCGGGGCGGGCGUGGUGGGCCUUACUACUGCCACAAUGAUCCAGGAGGCGCUGCCGGGAGCCUCCGUCACCGUCAUAGCGGACAAGUUCGGACAAGAGACAACGAGUGACGGAGCGGCUGGUAUAUUUCGUCCCGGCCUCCAGUUCCGAGGAGAGGAUGAGGAGCUGACGAAGAAGUGGUUGGCAGACUCCUACACCUACUACAAGACGCUCCUCGAGGCAAAGGGCACAGCAGAGACAGGGGUGAAGGAGAUAUCCGGCUACCACUUCUCCAACGAAUAUCCGAAGAUUAUUCAGAACGCUCUACUUAAGCCCCUGCUGGAUGAGUACCGGUUGUGCACUGAAGAAGAGCUGAGGACGCACGGGUUUAAGUACGGCACCUUCAUGACAACACUGCUGACUGAGUGCCGCUCCUACCUGCCGUACCUCACCCGCAUGUUCACGGAGUGGGGCGGCAAGCUCAUGAGACGCCACCUGGACAGUCUGGAGGAGCUGGUGGGUCACUUCGACAUCGUGUGCAACUGUUCAGGUUUCGGCGCCAAGGAACUCUGCUCGGACAUGACCGUGACGCCCAUCAGAGGCCAGAUCUUCAAGGUAAAAGCUCCCUGGAUCAAGAACUUCUACUACGUGGAUUACGACAUGUACAUUCUCCCGGGCCUGGAAGCCGUCACACUGGGAGGCACGAGGAACUUCGACAGCUACAACGAUAAGGUGGACAAGCACGACUCCAGGGCAAUAUGGGAGCGCUGUGUGAGUGCUGUCCCUUCUGUCAAGGACGCCGAGGUCCUGCGGGAGUGGGUUGGGUGGCGUCCCUACCGCCCCUGCGUCAGGGUGGAGAAGGAGACCGUGAGCUUCCCUAGUGGCAACACCCUCAAGGUGGUGCACAACUACGGCCACGGCGGCUACGGGGUGAUGACGUCCCCGGGCACCUCCAUGCACGCCGUCAAGUUGAUGCUGGAGAUGCUACCAAGACAGUCCAAGCUAUAGCACAUUCCCACACUCCUUCCAUUCACUGGCGCCGUGUGACCCCGGUGUUGUGGCGCCGGCAUUCAGACUAUUUAGGUGUCCGUUACUACUUCCCCUUCUCCUUUUUCCUCUAUAUCAUUAUUGCCAACAACAACAACAACAACAACAACAACAACAACAACAACAUAAACAACAAUAGGUACAGCAGCAAUUUCAACAAGAAUUAUUUAUAUUAAUUAUACAACAACAACAACAACAACAACAACAACAACUAAGAGAACGACAACAACUCUUACUACUGCUACUACUGUUACUACUAGACCUAUUACUAUAACGAGAAUACCCUUUUUACUAUUACUACUACAACAACAACAACAACAACUACUACUACUACUCGGUUUGACCACCACCACCACCACCACCACCACCACUACUACUGACAGAUGAUUUACUGCAGCAUCAAGCAAAUGAUGAAUCAAUAACACAUAAAAUGGACACUCGCAAAUCUGGCUGUGGUCACGCAACUGGUGGUGACUGAAGGUGCAGGUGGUGCACGAGGAGUGAUGGUGCUCGGUUGUUGGUGACAGUGGUGGUGUAUCUUAUUGAGAUGGUUCGUAGCUAUUGACAGCCUUGAUACAUUGACUCUUUCUCGCAGUCUUCCAUGUCUCUCCUUUCCGUCUUCCUCUCUUCCUCCAUUUUUCAGACAGACCUUUGUUUUUCUACUUUUAUUUUUUCGGAGACUUUUUUCUCUCCAUUUUUUUCAAAUUUACAGACUUUUCUUUUCCAUCCAUUUCACUAACACUUUCCUUCUUCUACUUUUCAUACGUUCUCAAUAUCAUAGCCUUCCCUUUACUGUAGGUGCCUUAUUACAGAGACUGGCAAUAAAAUAGAAAAAAUAAAACUAAUGAACAUAUAA